UGGAGGUGGCCCCUUGUACUUGGGAAUCACUUCCAGUCCAUCCAGAGUAUUGCUUGUUUCUCAGCAAGUAACAGCUCACCUCUGAAUUCUGCUGCAACAUGCCACCAAAGAAGAUUGAACCAAAGAAACCCGAGCCCAAAAAGCCGGAGCCCAAGAAAGAUGCAGCUCCAGCUGCCAAGCCAACUCCACCCCCUGAGCCGCUGCCUGAGCCACCAAAGGAGCCCGAUUUUGACCCAAAAAGCAUCACCCUUGAGUACACCGCUGACCAGAUUGAGGAGUUCAAGGAGGCCUUCACCUUGUUUGAUCGUACGCCAACUGGAGAAAUGAAGAUCACAUAUGCCCAGUGCGGGGAUGUGAUGCGAGCUCUGGGCCAGAACCCUACCAAUGCAGAUGUGCUGAAAGUCCUUGGAAAACCUCGACCAGAGGACAUGAGCACCAAAUUGGUGGACUUCGAGACCUUCCUGCCAAUGCUGCAACACAUCUCCCGUGCGAAAGAUCAAGGCAACUUUGAGGAUUUUGUUGAGGGGCUCAGGGUUUUUGACAAGGAAGGCAAUGGCACCAUCAUGGGAGCGGAGCUGCGUCACGUGCUGGCAACCCUGGGAGAGAGGAUGACAGAAGACGAGGUCGACAGACUGAUGGCUGGACAGGAGGAUGCCAAUGGAUGUAUCAAUUAUGCCUCCUUUGUAAAGCACAUUCUCUCUGGGUAAACAGGACAUUCAAUAGACAUAAAGACUUAAUUUUACAUCAGUUUUCUUCAUUUUCUGGAACCUUGCUGACAUUUGUCCAUUUAGUCUGACGUUAUUUUGAUGCAGUCCAAAUGUGUUCAACAUAAAGAGAUGCUGGCUGCAAAACCCAAUGAUCACUUCUUUUUCAUAAACAUUAUGAAAUUUAAUAAAAUACCAGUGAGAUAAUAUGAACAUCUAUUUAAAAAAACAAAGGUUUAAUAAAGAACAUAUGAUUACAAA